AUGUUCAGCACGAUCGGCCUCGUCCUGUUUGGACUGAGCUGGUCGAUGUUUGUGCCGAGCUAUCUCGACCCUGUCUCAGGGAGCCCACCUGGAGCCUCGAAUGUCGAAAUUCUUUGGACGGCCGCCUUCGGCGGCUACUCGCUGUUCUGGGCCAUCACCUGCUUUGCGGUGGCCCACCUUGCCGACAGGCUGCAAGUGUCGCCGUCUGCGUUCAAUCUGCCAUGUGCGCCUUCUUUGCACACUUCCACAGACCAAGCUGUUCAGUUGGAGCUUGCGUAUCAGCUGAUUGAGGCUGGCCUUAUGGACUUCCAGGGCAAAGCAAAACCCUGGCUGUGGCCGCCGUCCGUUCACGCGCGGUGUGCGUCCUUUACGGCCUUCGCCGGGGUCUGGCAGGCAAUCCUUCUCGCGCCUGGACAGAGAUGGGUCCGCUGGGUGCUGGAUCAUUUCGACACGGACCAGCGCCUGCUGAAUGUGAACAAGCCGAUGCCUGCGAGUGUCAUCCCGUUGGUGGAGCAGGUGCUCAACGUUGCCUUGCAGGUCCAGCUGAUUCCAGGCUCGGUGGCGCACAGCCAAGUGCUUGGUUUGCUAUGUGGUGCGGGCGUCGUGAACAAACAUGAUGUCUGGACUUAUUUCGUGGACACCACCGCGUGGGUGGAGGCCGCCGGCAAAGGUGAAAUAUGCCGCGCGUGGCGGAGCUUCAAGAAGGAGCGUGGCGCCGUUCUCCCCCAGACAAUGGAACUGAGUGGCUGGGUGCCCACUCCUGAAGUGAGCGUGGUCAUUCCCUGCACACUUCGAGAUGCACAGCGCAAGUUCGCCUUGGGCGAGAUGCUGCGCACCGUGCUCGAGCAAACCUUGAAGCCCUUAGAGGUGAUCGUGGCCCUUUCCAAUGCUACGGCAGACGAGGCGGCUGCAGUCGAAACCAAGCUCUCGCGGUUCCUGGACACAAUCCCGGUCAUUGUGGACGCAGUGGAGGGUCCAGCAAGCUCUGCGCAGAACCGAGACCGUGGCCUCAGAAGAGCGAGAGGGGACAUCCUCUCCGUCUUCGAUGCGGAUGACCUCAUGCAUCCGCAGCGGAUAGAACUGAUCAGCAAAGCCUUCCAUGCAAAGCCGGAUCUCAAGCUCUUGCUGCACAGUUACUUCCCCCUCUUCAACAACAGCCAACCUCGGACCUGCCCACACUACGACCUCAACGACCGCUUGCACGUGUUGCCAAGCCGGGACUUGGCCAUCAUGGAGGAGGCGACGCGCCAGGUCGCCCACCUCCACGACACGGUCCACGAGAUUUUCAACUCGGGGAUUGCCAUGAGUCGUGAGGUUGUGGACAUCUACACUUACAGUGACACGCCGGAGGCUGCCACAAAGGAGGACGACUCGGGCUUCGUACGAGCCGUCGUCCGAGGCUACGGUGCGAGAGAUGGCCCGAGACAUCUGGAGGAGGGGGAUUGGGCACUGUAUCUUGAUGCUGAGCUCGCCUGGUACCGGCGCACGGGCUCGCGGCGGCGGACGGCAAAAGAUGCGCAGAGUAAGGCGUCUCAUGGCUUCGGUGAUGGUGACGAGUACGUGGCGUCCAUGCUUCGCGUGGGGCGAUUGAUGGACCUGGUGUCGAGCCCUUCCAGGUACAAGGUGUGGGAUCGCUCUGGCGGGAAGACCCUCCUCUUCGCGUCCUCUGUGCCGGUCGCCAUCUCCCUCCUUCGAGGUCUUUGCUUCUUCCACGGCCUCAGCUUCGACACGCCCCUUCGGGAGGGAGGGAGGAAGCAGUGCGUUUUCGAGGCCUUCCAAAACGCACUUUGCUUGCAACUGGAGCUGCAACUGGAGGGUGGGAGGAAGCAGUGCGUUUUCGAGGCCUUCCAAAACGCACUUUGCUUGCAACUGGACGGAGGCCAAGUCCUGGUGGAGUUUCGACAUGCUUUACUGGUUGUAAGGCCUUCUGUUCUGGCGGCAAUGACACAAGUCCUGCACGGUUCCGGCCGCUGUACCUUCGACCCGACUGCUGCGCUGCCCCCAGCACGUGAUCUCGCAAAUCAACUGCGAGCUAUAGAAACAGCCUGGGCAGACCGGCCGUACAUGACUUUUACGCAACGUGGCAAAACCAAGUGCAACCAGCUGUAG